AUGUCGAUCCUGGCCCCAUUCCAGCUCCUGGAACUCAAUGUGAUAUCGGCGCAGGACCUUGCACCGGUAUCACGUUCCAUGCGGACGUACGCCAUUGCAUGGGUGCACCCGGAUCGCAAGUUGUCGACCCGGGUGGACACGCACGGCCACAACAACCCUACAUGGAACGACAAGUUCGUGUUCCGGGUCGACGAGGACUUCUUGCAUGAAGACACCUCUGCCGUGAUGAUCGAGAUCUACGCGCUCCACUGGUUCAAAGACGUCCACGUCGGCACCAUCCGUGUCCUCGUCGGCAAUCUCAUCCAAACUCCGGCGAAGCCCCACCACCACCACCCCCAGCUAGGCAUGCGCUUCGUCGCAUUACAGGUCCGGCGGCCCUCCGGGCGGCCACAGGGGAUAUUGAACAUCGGGGUUGCCCUUCUUCAUAGCUCCAUGAGAAGCAUGCCUUUGUAUUCUCAGCUCAACUCAUCCGCCGUGGGAUAUAAACAACUGAUGGGAGAGGACGACCCGCCGAGGAGUCAAACCCAACAGUCAACGUUUUCGAAGCCGGAGCUGAGGCGGAGCAAGAGUGAUUGCAGUUCCAUGUUGGGGUCGGACCUCCGGUCCAAGGAGUUUAACAAGAAGGACAAAAAGGGAAGUUCAAAAUCAAGCUCGGUGGUCAGCGGGUCGGAGGUCAGCGGUAGGAAGUAUAAGAAGGGCCGAUCCAAGGCCAGCUCGUUAAUCAACGGCUCAGAACUCAUCAAGGGCAGGGGUAGAAAAGGAAAAGCAAGCUCCGUGGUCAGCGCGUCUGACGUCAGCUGGAAGGGCAAAAAGGGUAAAGCGAGCUCCAUUCUCAGCGUCUCCGACUUGGCCCCGAAAAUUGGGGGGAAAGAGAAAAAGGGGAAGGCGAGCUCUUUGCUCAGCGGGUCGGAUCCGAAACCGAACACCGGAUCCGAACCCGACGAGUCGGUUAGAAAGCACAAGAACAACGGGAAAUACAAAGUGCACGACAUCGUGGCGGCGUGGCCGUUAUCGAAGCCGUCGCCGAAGUACGUGGAGAGUUACGGAACUACCCCUGCGCGGAGGUCGUCGGUUCCGGGAAAGUCGCCGUUUAAGAUGGGGACGUACGAGACGCCGCGGAAGUCGAAUCUGAUGGCGGUGCCGUAUUUGACGGAGUCGGAGCUGGGGCCGUCGCCGUCGGAGGUGGCGGCGGCGAUAGCGAGGGAGAGGGUGGACCAGGACAACGAGAGCUCGGUGGUGGUGGGGGCGUGGAACGAGGACGAGAGCGUGGAGGGGCUGCAGUCGAAGCUGGAGCGGUGGCGGACGGAGCUGCCGCCGGUGUACGACCGCGGCGACUAUUCAAGUUUGCCGAGCAGCAGCGAGGGGCGACACACGCGGCGGCACACAGACGGCGGGAACGGGCUGUUCUCGUGCUUCAGUAACAUCUGCGGCGUGGAGUGCUCCAUCGUGUGCGGCGGCUCCGGCGAGGCGAGUAAGGAGAGGAAGAAGGCGGGUAGCAGCAGCAAGAGUAGCGGGCGGGUCAGGAAAAGCCCAUCAGCGGAUGAUAUGAGCUAUGUUUGA